AGAGUGUGUUUUGGUCUAGUGUGUUUCAUGGACGUCACUGAGGUACUUCGUAUGAAUGGUGGUGAUGGAGAUUAUAGCUAUUCAAACAAUUCUCUUCUACAGAGAAAGGUGAUAUUAAUGACAAAACCCAUAAUUGAAGAUGCUUUGACCAAUCUUUAUUGUGGUAUGAACUUCCCAAAAACUCUAGUCAUGGCGGAUCUUGGAUGUUCAUCUGGACCCAACACUUUGCUAGUGGCAUCGGAACUUAUCAAGUCAAUUCACGAGAUCAGACUCAAAUUAGGUCAUGAUGAAUCACCAGAAAUCCAGUUCUACUUGAAUGAUCUUCCACAUAAUGAUUUCAACACUCUUUUUCUCUCUGUAUCGAAAUUUCAAAAGAACCUUACACAGCUACUGGUCCACAACUCGUCUUUACCACCAUGUUACUUUUUUGGAGUCCCAGGAUCAUUCUAUACAAGGCUUUUUCUCAACAAAAGCCUUCAUUUUGUCCACUCAUCCUAUAGUCUCAUGUGGCUCUCUAAGGUUCCUGACAUGGAAAAUACUAACAAAGGGAGCAUAUACAUAUCAACAACAAGCCCUCCAAGCGUAAUAAGAGCAUACCACGAGCAAUUUCAAAGAGAUUUUUUUAUGUUUCUCAAAUGUCGUGCCGAGGAGAUGGUGGGAGGAGGGCGUAUGGUUUUGACAAUACUAGGGAGACGAAGUGACGAUCCUUGUAGCAAAGAAUGUUGUUACCAUUGGGACCUCUUAGCCGAAACCCUAAAUGAUAUGGUUGUUGAGGGACUUAUAAAAGAAGAGAAAAUGGAUUUGUUCAACAUUCCACAGUACACUCCUAGCCUUAAAGAAGUUAGUAAUGAAGUGAAUAAAGAAGGGUCAUUUGUAGUUGAUUGCCUUGAGGUUUCUGAAGUGAAUUGGGAUGCAUGCACAGACCAGAAUCUUAAUUUAUCCGAAGAUGAUACACAAGGAGUUAAUAUGAGUAAAUGUAUGAGAGCUGUUGCAGAACCUUUGCUCUUGAGUCACUUUGGUGAGUCAAUCAUGGAGGAGGUGUUCGCAAGGUACACGAAUGUCAUCAAGAAUCGGAUGUCGAUAGAAGAUGCCAAGCUCGUCAAUGUUACUGUUUCGAUGACCCGAAAAGGGUGAACUUUUGUGUUGUGAGCACCAAUGACUGCUUUAUUCUAAUAAAAAUGUAAGGGCCCUUAUUGUAAGGUUCAAAUAAAUGUUUGGUGUUUUGAACACCAUAGUUUGUGCUUCAUUACAUAUCUUCUU